CGAGAUCCAUAUUCGAAACUAAACCAUAAUUCCUCUCUCUCUCUCUCUCAUUUCUCUCUCUGAAUUACUGUUUUCUUGUCUUUGACGCGUACGGUGCUGUCCGAUCUCCGACCGACGGAGUAGGUUCUUAGGAGUGCGAUUCCCCCGGAAAGGCAGAAUCUUUGCGGGAUAGGGUUUUCAGGGUUCCGUAUCGAGCCGUUGGAAUUGUUGGGAUUCUGUGAAUUUUCCGGUUUUUUGGUUUCGAGGGGCGAGGAAUGUUCUAUUCACAGUUCAUAUUAGCCAAGAAAGGGCCACUGGGGACAAUAUGGAUUGCGGCCCAUUUGGAGAGGAAGCUUCGAAAGAAUCAGGUUGCUGAUACUGAUAUUGGCGUUUCUGUUGAUUCUAUUCUCUUUCCUGAUGUCCCUAUUGCAUUGCGGUUGUCUAGCCAUCUUCUGCUUGGUGUGGUGAGGAUCUACUCGAAAAAGGUGAAUUACCUUUUCGAUGAUUGCAGUGAGGCAUUGCUUAAGGUAAAGCAAGCUUUUCGUUCUGCUGCGGUUGACCUACCUCCGGAAGAAUCCAAAGCGCCAUAUCACUCUAUUACCUUGCCAGAGACAUUUGAUCUUGAUGAUUUUGAGCUUCCGGACAAUGAAAUCUUUCAGGGAAAUUACAUUGAUCAUCAUGUUAGUACAAGAGAGCAGAUUACCCUUCAGGAUACCAUGGAUGGUGUUGUGUACUCGACAUCACAAUUUGGAUUAGAUGAGCGGUUUGGUGAUGGUGACACUUCUCAAGUUGGUUUGGAUCUAGAGGAGGUUGAAGAUCUUAUCAAACACAAUGAGUUACAUGAAUAUGCUCAAGCUCCACAGACUCCUGGAUUAGUAGAGGUGCCAAACCUAUCUAGUGCCAGAGAGGAGCCGGCAUACGAUGAUCACAUGGAAGUAGAAGAUCACAAUGAGUCAGAUGCAGCAGAAGAAGCUAGGAAGGCAACCGGGGAGAUAAAUGUUUGUCAGAUGCAUAAAAGUGCCGAGAACCUGUCUUCUGAGCAUAAUAUUGGUCAGAAAUCAGACGAGAAAUUGCUACCUGGUGAGACUAGUGACCCAGACAGGCAGAUGGGCUGUCAGGGAGAAUCAACAGCAACUCUCAUGAUGGUGGAUAAAUCACAGAUAGAUGGAAAAACCAAUGAACAAAAUGAGGCAGAGGUGGCAGAGCAGAAAUGUGCUGAAUCUCCUUGUUGUUCUCACAUCACCACCGAGAUGGAGGAUCUGGGUCAAGUAAUAAAUGUACCAGGAGCCAGCAAGGAUAAUGUUAUCACUGAGAAGUCAGAAGCUGAGCACCAGUCAUCUCAGGAACCAAAAGAUCUUCGAGUAGAAACGCGAGGUGAGUGUGGCGAAAGGUCAGAGGCUAAUCAGGAAACAGAUUCUAGUUUACGAGGCGAUGCACAGGCUGACCACAGUAGACCAGAUGAGCUGCUGGAUAAUGUGCAUACAACUGAUAAGCAGUUGGGAAAUAUGGCUCGAUCUGCCGAUUCUGAUUUGCCUGCUCCUGAAAAGGUACUAUCUGUUCCUGAUGGACUCGCUGACAAGGAAGACGAUUUGAUGGUCGAAUCUACACCAGAGAAAGAGGACAGAGACAUUACUAAAGAAGAUCCUGGAACUAAAAACAUUACUGGGAGAAAACGUACUUUCACCGAGAGCACCUUAACUGCAGAAAGUUUGAAUUCUGUUGAGUCAGUUGGACUGAUCCACUCUAGGAGAACUGCGGAUUCCAUUCCUGAUGACGAUGACUUGUUGUCUCUCGCACCAGUUGGGAAGUCAUCUUUUCUGAAGAUGAAAUCAACCCCUGUGCUUGAAGUAGCAUCUUCAAACAAACGAUUACGGUCUGCGCCCCGUUCUGCCUCAAAGAGGAAGGUUCUUAUGGAUGACCUUAUGGUCUUACAUGGCGAUGUUAUACGUCAACAAUUGACAAACACUGAAGAUAUACGCCGUGUACGAAAGAAAGCACCGUGCACCUGUGCUGAAAUCUUAAUGCUUCAUAGACAGUUUUUGGAGGAUGGACUCUUUAAGGAGCCAGUAUUCACUGGUUUGUCAGUGGAACUGGUAUCUCUGCACAACGAGCCAUAUGAUCUGAGAGGAAUCAAGGUAAUUGAAAAUGAUGACCGCCAUGCUUCUACUGGAGCAGUGAAAGAUGACGAGUGUUCUAUUAGGCCUGAUGUUGUGGAAGAAGAUAGAAUUGAAGAAAACUCUGUUCCGACGGUUUCCAGAGAUGAUUCCGGGGAGCAAGCUACUCGAGGACAUGCUUACGAGGGGGACCAUCAAAAUAAAGAUCCACAGGGGGAAAUGAAAGCUAAUAAUGAGCUUGUGGGGGAUAAAUCGGAGAUGGAAGCUGGCAGAGAGGACAAUGGGGCUGCUGAUGAAGUGAAUCUUUCAGAGAAUUUACAUGCAACAGAUGGAUCUCGUGAAAAUCACAAGGAUGUGCUGGUGGAUGGUCAAGUUACUGAGGAUCCCAUUGAAGUUGCCGAAGGCAAUGUAGAAAACAUGGGCAUGAGUGAGAUGGACUUAAAAGAUGAAGAUCAACUUUUACAUGAUGAGACAAAGAUGGAUGUAUCAACUGAGAAAGACCGUCCUGUUCCGAGUGUUGAUGCAAUUGAUGAUUACCUUGGAACUGGGUUUGUAGAAGCUGGUGGUUGUAGUAAGCCAGCUAUGGAAAAUGGCAGUGACGCAGUUGGGGAUGCAAAUAAUGAUGUUUUCCAAAUUGCAGAGAUAGAGUCUGAUAACAAGGAUCCGGUGUUCAAUGAGGAAGCUGAUGAUAUGCAGCAAAGUGCAGAAGGUGUAGGAACUGCUUCUCGAGAUGGUCUUAGAGGAGAUAACACUCAUGACAUGGAAACCACUGGAUUCGAACAUGACACAGGAUUCUUGAACGUGGAUGAUGAUGAUGAGGGUGGUGAAAAUGAUGAUGAAAAUGGCACGGAAUAUGGUGGUGAGACUCGUGUUCUUGAGAAUAGUGGAUGGUCUUCUCGCACCAGGGCGGUGGCCAGGUACCUGCAAACUCUAUUCGAUAAAGAAGCCGAGAAUGGGAAGAAUGUUCUUGUGGUGGAGAACCUGCUAACGGGAAAAACACGCAAAGAAGCUUCAAGAAUGUUUUUCGAGACACUGGUUCUGAAAACGAAGGACUACAUCCAAGUGGAACAGGCAAAGCCCUUUGAUGACAUCAAGAUAAAGCCGAGGGGGAAGCUCAUGAAAUCUGUCUUCUGAGUGUUGUAUGGAAGAUCUCUACUGUUAACAGGUUAUAUUAGGCAUUUGUUGUAGUAUGUAUUGGAUAUGGUAAGUAGUGUGCCAAAAGUAGAGAUGCUGCCUGGAGUUUAUCAUAUAUAUGUAUCUGUUGUAUGUAUAUUAUAUAUAUAUAGAUAUAUAUAUAUAUCUGUGGUUACUGAA